CAGUAGCGUCUCAAGCUUGGAGCUUCAACAACGUCGACAACUACAAUGGCAACUCCAAGGCCCGGUCUCGCCAAAUCAGCUGUCGCGCUGGCAUUGAAUAUUGCCAACGGUCGCAGUGGUCUGUCAAAACUCGUUCCACCAUGCUUGUUCAUCCUCGAUGCAGUGCUUUGCGCACUCAUUAUAUGGAAGAUUCCAUACACAGAAAUCGAUUGGAAGGCAUACAUGGAACAAGUUUCUCAGUUUGUGUCUGGUGAAUACGACUAUACCGUCAUUAAAGGAGGCACUGGACCCCUCGUUUAUCCCGCCGCGCACGUCUACACGUAUACCGCCCUCUACUAUCUGACGGAUGAAGGCAAGGAUAUACUUCUUGCGCAAAAGAUAUUUGCAGUUCUAUACAUGGCGACCCUGGCACUAGUAAUGGCCUGCUACUGGAGGGCAAAGGUGCCUCCAUACGUCUUCCCUUUACUUGUCCUCUCGAAGCGACUCCACAGUGUCUUCGUGUUACGCUGUUUCAAUGAUUGCUUCGCUACAUUUUCUCUCUGGCUCGCCAUAUACCUAUUCCAACGACGAGAUUGGACUGCUGCGAGUAUUGUGUACUCGUGGGGUUUAGGGAUCAAGAUGUCAUUAUUGCUAGUGCUUCCUGCUAUUGGUGUUGUCCUUCUUUUAGGUCGGGGAUUCUCGGGUAGUUUGAAAUGUGCUAUGAUCAUGGCUAAUAUUCAAAUUGCUAUCGCCUAUCCGUUCCUGCAAGAAAAUGCAACGGGCUAUGCCGGUAAAGCAUUCGAGCUAACUAGGCAAUUCUUUUUCAAAUGGACCGUCAACUGGCGCUUCGUGGGGGAGGAGAUAUUUCUCAGUCGGCCAUUUUCCUUGGCCCUCUUAACUAUGCAUGCCACGGUUUUGGCAGGGUUUAUCAUCAACAAAUGGUUGAAGCCCGCACAAAAACCUCUCUCCGCAAUGAUCAUGCCGAUUCUCCAGUUCAGCUCGCCCUUCAGUCCACAAGAGGAGCGCGUGGUGGCGUCACGCGUGACCCCCGAGUAUGUAACGACGACCAUUCUCUCGGCAAAUAUCAUUGGACUCCUCUUCGCGCGGACUCUGCACUACCAGUUCUACUCCUAUCUCGCAUGGUCCACCCCGUACCUUCUCUGGAGGAGUGGAGCUCACCCCGUCGUCCAAUAUGGGCUCUGGGCUCUUCAAGAAUGGGCUUGGAACGUCUUCCCGAGCACUCCUAUCAGCUCGUGUAUUGUGGUUGGCGUCCUCGCCACAACUGUCGCUUUCGUGGCCCUCCAGAGGGACGAACCUACAGCAUCGCUACGUGACUCCGCAGGCAAGCGCAAAGACACAUGAGUCUAGCAACUGCGACUGACAUUUGAAUGCAAAUCUAAUGUUCAUCUUCGGAAUCUAAUGGUGGCAUCUUGCCAGUUGUCGAGUCUUCGUCUUCAUCCUCGUAGGUGAACCGUGGAAACUCCUUGGGCCAAUAGGUCUGUUUCCGCCACUGUUUUUCGUCUCCAACGACAUUGAUGAUCUCGCCUUCCACUCUCCCUUUUUCUUCCUCGGAGGAAAUCAACUGUACCAAGACAUAACCCCCACGCCUGAUCCAAACGGUAUUGCGGAAACGAGAUGCAAGCUCGACGAGGACGGUUUGUUGAUUGGGUAGAGAGCAGGCGUAGAGGCUGUUACCUUCGGCCUUGAUCACCUUAGCGAGCGACUGGGUUUCAGUAAGUUGGUAAGGAGGUGUCGUCGCCUCUUCCGCAGUCGCACGAAUAUCGCGCUUUGGCCGACCCAUCCUGAAUUAUAGACAAUCUGUUAUUUGCUGUUUACAGCGAAGCAAAGUCUCUGAUAACUUUUUAGUUUAGGACAAUGUGAAUCCUGCGUGAACCACCUGAAAAAUUAUAGCGGGGCUAAUGCUCUCAUUUAUCCGUGGUUUUGCCGACGAUUUACAAUACGUAAAGCUGGAGCUUUCAAUGCUAUUAUCUGGAAGUAGGUACGAAGCACUAUAAAUACUUCCUGGAAACUGAACCUUGAAAUCUCUACAUUUGAC